AUGGUAGGAAGCUGGUGGGAUGAGUUCUCAAACAAUCUGGCUACAGAUUUAGCGCCUCUCAUCUCCCUCUUUGGUGAAGCGCCGACUAAACAAUAUCUAAGCGAAUGCUUGACCAAGACGGACAUCUUCAUCUUUUCGAUGGCACCUCUAGGUAUUAUCACAACAAUAGUAUCGGCAAUCCGGGUCUGCGGGACACCGUCUCUGAGGGCAUUCAUCGGGAGAGCCCAGGAGGGAGCUGGCAAUGCUGAAGCCAAACUUUGCUCCUCUACCAGUCGAGAAGUCUGUGAGCUUUAUAACAAUGGAGGCAUUGCCCGCGUUUUUGGACGCCCCAAACUCCUGGAAAUCGUACAUGAUCGGAAUGCAACAAUUGAAGACUUUUAUUCGGAUAAUCCUAAUUCUCAGGCCACGGCUGGAAUUUACCCGUUCAAGGACUAUCUCAAAAAAGAUAACCAAGAGUGGAGGGAAGUGGGCAAACGCCCAAGCGAUGAAGAAGACGAGUCUGCUCGGGAUGACACACACUUUGCGAUAAACCCGAAUCUUUCCCUAAACGUAGGGAUAAAACAAGGCUCAAGGCAUUGGUUUACUGCCGCUGCUAUAUUUGGUGGCCUGGUGCAAUCAAGUGUUCUCGUAUGGGCUACAAUUGCUAGGUACAAAUUCAAUGACGUGAAACAAGACCUACAAGAUAACUAUGCCAUUCCACUGGUUGUUAUUGGUACCUGUCUUUUAUGCUUUGGAACGGGACUUUGCGCUCACUUGAUUGAGAGCAGCACUAAGGAACGGGUCUUCGAAAGGAACCCUAAGGAAGAUAAGGCAAGCACAUCUCGGCUGUACUGGGUUCAGCCGGGCACUCAGUUCGUUGGGGACCAGGCAUUUGACUCGUUUGCAUACACACACCCAGAAGGUGAAUUCACCCGGUAUAUCACAUCGUGGAAGACGGAAAAGAGUAAAUACAACGGGAUAGGAGUGUGGAUUGCAAUCAGCUGCACGUCCCUCGGGUUUUUACUACAAUUCCUCGGCCUCAGAGCUUGCCACUCGUCAGUAGCCGUCGCCCAACUGGGAGCGACGCUAGUAAUGAGUGUAGUACGCUCAGUGCUUCGCGCGAACCGAUUAAGUGACGAAGAAGUUUACCUGGUUGAUUCCCCUGACUUAUACAAGGGACAUGAGUUGGAUUGGCUUGCCCUUGAACUCAUAGCUGGACCCCAAUCAGGCAGUAGAGCAAACGGAGCAAAUAAAUUUGGACCGAAAUGGACUGUUUCUCCAAUUCAACAUCCAGCUGUACAUUUCUCCGAAGUACGCUGGAAAGUUAUCAACCCGGUCCCCGCCGAAAACGGUAUCUAUUCGGCUGAAAAUAUAUACUUUAUAAGAAUGUCUGCUCACCAAGGAGACAAUUAUAUACUGUCUGGCUUUCGACUAGAUAAUUGUGAACCUGGAGAAUUACAAGCUGAGCAGAUACAAUGCCAAAACCCCGAAGAUUGGUGGGACCCUUAUGUGGCUAUACCUGAGAAAUGGACUGCUUAUCUCCAGUCUGCACCGGAUAGAUGGCGUGUUGUCGCGCAAUCAAACGCUUCAUUGGAUAAGGCACCGGAUAACUUGGCUAAAGUUUUUAUGUAUAGAACCAGGUUACAUGAUAUGACCUACGAUUGGAAUGACAAGCUUGUCCCUGUUCGAGCGAUUGCACAAAGGCUAGCUGAUGCUGUUGAGUCCACAAUGAACAUAUUUGAUACCAUCGACAUAACUUGGAAAGAGGGAUGGGACUCAGCUUUCACUAUGUUUUGGGCAGUCCCUUGCAGCCUUAAUGAAGGAGACAAAGGUGCAGAUACCAGUGGGAAUAUCUACAUAUCGCUAAAACGUGAAAUCGGUGAUGACGGGGGUGGUAUGUCCAGAUGGUGCGCCAAUAUAGCCGAGCUGGAGGCCGUUCUAGGCCUAUGGCUGUGGUCAUUCCGGCAUUUUAACACAAGGCCAGGUGCAUGCUUUAAACGCAUACUUGCUAUGAAGCCACAACUUUCCGCAGGGGAAAAUUUAAUCUCUACCUUUAACCUCUGGAGUAACGGCAGAAACUUCAGGAUUGAAGAAACAGAAGUUGAUUUGAAUCAGCACACAUGCCCGCUCUUUGGUCGGCAUAAUGUCCCUUCUGUGUUCCAUUCGAAACGCUCGAUGGUUCUGGCAACCGCAUCUCACAUGACAACCUUGCCAGAGAUAUGUGCCCAGGAGAUAUAUUCCUUAUUUUUCACGUCAAUGGUGCAUGUAAUUCAGAGUAUAGGUGGAAGAACGGAUGUUCAGAAUUCCGGUGACCUGACCCUUGUCAACUCCAACCUCUCACGGAUUCAAGACGCUUUCAUGAGAUGUGAACUGGGCAGUGAUCGUGACUUUUUUAUCUGUACUCUUCCAGCGUUGAUUGCGAAGGGAAAUCUUCCCACUAUUCUUGAAGUUUUACCCACUACAGAGAAAACUGCAGAAGCAUACAUCAAGGACAGUUUGUGGCUAAAGGCUGAAAAGUUGCUAUCAUGGGCUCUCCUGCAUACCCAACAGCUUAAAGAUACCUCGGAUCAUGAUGAUGGUAGGACAAAAGAUGCUGAAUAUCUCAAUCGCCGUCGCCUCCUCACGCUUUCCUUGUGUGAGUGCUAUCGUAAAGCGUUAUUGAAGGGAGAAGUUGAGUUUUGCCUGAACGGCAUUACUAAGAUGUUUGACACUCUCGAUGAGCAAGAAGACGUCCCCCUAAAGGUCAUUGACAGCCCUCGGUUGGAGGGAAUGGCAAACUUCAAGGACAAUUCCAACGGAAAGGCGAAUCAAGAGCUGACGGCAAAAGGGAAUCUGCAAACGCUUGCUGACGCAGUCAACUCGUAUGGUAUCGCUGUCAAUGAAAUCGUUUACUCGAAAUCUAAGGAAAUGGUCCCAACACUUGGAGCAAGAUUAACAAUCCUACAGUCAAAGCUCGAUACGAAGCGAAAUCCGCUUCUACACAUCAACACCGACCUUCCCACUCGUCAAAUGACAAAUAUUGAGCAGAAGGGAGCGCUCCUUCUAAAGGCGGUGGGUGAUGGUUUUCUAGCAUCUACGCUUUCUCUUCUAGAUGAGGAGUCCGCUGUUAGCGACGGGGCAAACGGAGGACAGACGCUCUCCUGGGCAACCAAACAAGGUUGGAUUUCAGUCGUUAAAGCCCUGGUAGAGUAUGGAGCGGCCCUGCAAUGGAGAGAUAAAGAUGGCCGCAGUACAAUAUCCUUUGCUGCAGAAAUGGGGGAUAUCAACUCGUAUGACUACCUUCUAGCACGAGGCGCCUUUCCAAGUGUUGCAGAUAACUUCUCCCGGACACCUUUAUUUUAUGCUACAAACCAAGGCCAUAUUGCCAUUAUGAACAGUCUUAUAUUCACUGGAAGAGUGGAUCCAGAUGCUCGGGACAAAGAUGGCAAAACACCAUUGUCUAUAGCAGCGGAAAAUGGAAAUAUAGAGGCCGUGAGAUUUCUACUUUCUACGAAAAGGGUAAAAGUAGACAAUCUAGACAAUGCUUUAAGGACGCCCUUGUCUUGGGCAGCUGCCGCUGGACAUAUAGCGGUCGUUAAGCUGCUAUUAGCUGAUGGGGCAAUGUUAGAUCAGGCGGAUGCUGAUUCAAGAAGACCAAUAUCCUAUGCAGCUGGUAACGGCCAUGAGGAGGUGGUAAAGCUCCUACUUACAAGUAGUGAGUGUAAGCCAGAUCUGCAGGAUAAUGCAGGCAAGUCGGCACUAAAUUGGGCCGCAAGCAACGGGCAUGUUAACGUUGUCAAAACACUGCUGUCUUGCAAAGGGGUAAACCCUAAUCUUAAAGAUGCAGAAGGGAGGACACCGCUUUUCAAUGCUGCAUUCUCAAACCACAGUCAAGUGGUUGAAAUCUUGGGGAACGAAGAAGCCGUGGAUGUGAACUCCGAAGAUGCCUCCGGAGACCUACCACUCUACUUUGCAGCAAAGGGAGGUUGCGAAACAGUACAAGCAUUGAUGAAAACGAAGCGGGUGCAAGUCAACCUCAAGGGAAAUCGUGGGAUAACGGCUUUGAUGCGUGCUGUAAAGAGUAGCGAUGCUCAGGCGGUUGAAAUCCUUAUUGGUAUAGAAGGAGUAGACCUGGAGACACAAACUCCUGAGGGACUGUCGGCCUUAUUAAUAUCGAUAGGCUUGUUUAAAACCCGAGUAUUCGAAUUGUUGGCGGAUACACAGAAGGUGAACCUCCAGUCAACUGAAUAUUUCGGCGUAACACCGCUCUGUUACGCAGCGGCAGCACAGCAAUAUCAAGUGGUUGACUUGCUAGUGAUUAAAUAUGGAGUGGACGUAAACCUGUGCGGCCAUAUCGGACCCCCUCUACUUCUGGCGGCGAACAACGGUCGACUGGAUAUCAUGACUACCCUACUUUCGAAUAAGGAAAUAGAUGUUAACAAGAAAAACGAAAUAGGAGCCACAGCUCUAUUUUCUGCAGUUGAGUGCAUUGGUAAUGACUCUAAUGCAUAUAAAAUGGUGAAAUUGCUUCUUGAGCACGGUGCAGAUGUAAAUGUGCAGCUCCUUGAGGAAGGAUGGUCAGUUUUGCACAUUGCAAUGAUAAGAGGUUAUAGAGAACUAUUUGAGAUAUUAAUGGAGGUAGAAGGAUUGGAGCUGAACCUGAAAACUCCAGCGCGCCAAACACCUUUAGAUCUUGCAUAUCUGCAUCACCAUCAUGAGCUAGCCUUGGAACUCUCUUCCAGAGGUGGCAAACGAGGUUGGGAAUUGCUGGGCACGAAGUAA